CAUGAGACAGCAUUCAGUGCACGAACUCUAGAGAACAAGAUCAACUCUGAGCUCUUUGCUUUUGCUUUAUUCAUGGAUUCUACCCUGGGAUUGUACUUUCACUGCAUGACGACCUACUUCCAGAUCCAGUGCUGAGCUCUAUAUGAAGUGCAUGGACUCACUUAUAAACUUUUGUGUAGAAUUUCUCUUUGAGUUUUAAUCUAUAUAUUGACCUAUGCAAUGCAAAAGGGUUUCUGUCUUUGGAUUGUUCAGGCUUGGAAAGCCAUGAGAAAAUUUAGCAAGUGAAAUCACUGUUGAGAUUCAAAACUAGGGCGCUUUUGGACCAGUCCCAGCACCUGGAGUACCAGGACAGUUUGGAUUCUCCUCUGUGGACUUGAGCUGGUGCUUUGGGUCUUUUAAAGGGAGAUCCCUUCAAGGUAUGGUUCUGGACUCUGCUCUCAGGAGCGGUUCCAAGGCUCCUACAGUCUGCAUCUUUCUUAUUGGGGGGAACAUUGACAUUGGAAGGAGAUGAGAACCUUAUUCUGCUGCUUUCUGCUCCUCACCUCGCACCUUCUGCUGGCAGCUGCUGAGAAGGAGUUUGCAAUCCCUCCAGAUUUCCUCGACAGACUGUCCCACAGCGAGAUCAACAGCAUCAGCGACCUCCAGCGGCUACUGGAGGUAAAUUCCCCAGGUCCUGGAAAUGAGGUGAUUGAGGAGGUCAAACAGAAGCACCAUCAGAAGAGCCGUCACUCACACAAGGCCGCUUCCUCAGAUCUCAAGAGUCUGCAGCUGUCCCACAGACGGAAGAGGAGUGUCGUAGAGGAAGCGGUUCCCGCCAUGUGCAAGACACGGACAGUGAUCUACGAGAUCCCCCGCAGUCAAGUGGAUCCCACCGCUGCAAACUUCCUAAUAUGGCCUCCGUGUGUGGAAGUGAAACGCUGUACAGGCUGCUGCAACACCGGCAACAUGUGCUGCCACCCCUCCAAAAAACAGCACCGUACUGUCAAGGUGGCGAAGGUAGAGUUUGCAUCGCGUAAGAGAGCAAAAUUGAAGGAGGUGCUUGUCCGGUUAGAGGAUCAUUUGGAAUGUGUUUGCACAUCACAGCAUCACGUGAUCGAGCAUGCGGAAGCAGACACAGUUGUGUUUCCAGGCCCACGCACAGUUAAAAAUGGUAAAAAACGGAAACACAGAAAGCAAGCAGUGGCAGCACAGAUCAACAAGGAUAUUCAAUAAAAAAGAAACAUUUCCUAACACUCAGUGGAUCAAAAUAUCCUGCAGGUAGGACUGCUGUGGAUCGAACCACUGCCACUUCACAACCAAUCAUUGAAAUGGACUGAUCAGGAGAAAGAGCAAGACGAUCAGUCAUGGGAGAGCAAUUUUUUUGCACGUUCGCUUUGCUGCAUGGUUCAAGGGAUUGUCUGUUCGAUGCAACUUAUUUACUCUACAUAAUUUGUUCCAAACCAAUGAGCCAUCUUGCACAGCUUACCUAGGCAUCUACUUUCUAAGGCAACAUUAAAAUGGAAGUGACUAGUUUGGAAAGCUUUUCAUAGACCGCAACUCUGCACCCCACUCAGAGACUCAACUCAAAUUUAUUUCAAAAAACUUUAUUAAAAUGCUAGGUAGCUCAAUAGGUUUUGGAACAGAGCUUGUGUGUUUGCCAUCAUUUUGAGUGUUAGUGUAUGAAAAUGUUUGGAUUGAUGGUUUGGUGGACUUGGAUCACAAAGAUUGUUCCUUUCACCUUGUUCUUUCUUUCUUAAAUGUGCACAGACUGUUCAUUAAUACACAUUAAAAUCACUGCGUGGUGGAUAUGGGUCUCUCACACACAAACCGAGUGGCAUACUAAAGAAUCACUAUCAAAUCAAUUUGAAACUGCACCAGAUUCCACAAAAAAUGUGACUG